GGCUCCAGGAAUAGAUCUAUACUCUGUGAGUUGUCCACUAAAACCCUGCAUAUAAAUCUCGACUAAAACUGACCUGAAAACAUAAACUCAACAAGAAAAAACACACACACAAAAAAAAGAUGGAGUCAGAAAGUGAAAGUCCAUUGAAAUUCAUCUUCCUCCCAUUUCCAACACCAGGCCACAUGCUUUAUAUGGCAGACCUUGCCAUAACUUUAGCUUCUCAUGGUGUUGAAUGCCACAUUAUCACCACCCCAGGAAACGCACAUAUAUUUGAAACCUCCGGCAACAACCCACCUAUGACAGUCCAUACCCUCAACUUACAAAGGCCAUCUGUAGGCCCUGAUGCCGGCGUCGAAAACUUCCGCUCUGCAACCUCUAAUGACAUGAGAGCCAAUCUAUAUCACGCCAUUUCUAUGCUUCGUAAACCAACUGAAGAUUUGAUAAAAGAAUUAUUACCUCUAGAUUGCAUUAUUUCCGACAUGUUUUUUCCUUGGACUUCAGAUUUAGCCCUUGAAAUCCAAGUCCCAAGGGUAAUUCAUCACUCUAGCAUCUUUAACAAAUGUUGCGCAUACAGUGUUACACUCCAUUAUGCACCACAUGAGUUAGUAGAAAAAGAUGAUGAUACAGUGCUAAUCCCUUCUUUACCUCAUAAAAUAGAGAUGAAGAAAUCACAACUCCCUCAAUGGGUUCGUGUUCCAAGCCAGUAUACUCGUUUAAUUGAAGCGGUUCGAGAGGCCGAGCUCAAGUGCUAUGGUGUGUUGUCUAACACCUUUUGUGAUGAGGAAAAGGAGUAUGAAGAGUAUUACUACAAAUUAACAGGGCUUAAGAUUUGGAACAUUGGCCCUUAUUGUCUUAGGGUUAACCGCAAAGAAGAGAAGGUAGAGUCUUCUUUUUGGAUGGAUUGCCUUAAAUGGUUAGAUCAAAAGAAACACAACUCAGUGUUGUAUGUUAGCUUUGGUAGCUUGACUCGAUUCCCAGAUGAUCAGCUCCGAGAGAUUGCAGCCGGGUUAGAAGCAUCAGGUCAUGACUUCAUUUGGGUUGUAAGGAAAAAGAAAGAAGAUGAAACAAUGGAGGAAGAUAAUGAAGGAUAUUUUUCAAUUGAAGAAUUCAGGAAAAAAGUUGAGAAAAGUAACAAAGGGUUGAUAAUAGAAGAUUGGGCACCACAAUUGUCGAUCUUAGAGCACCAAGCUAUAGGAGGAAUGGUAACACAUUGUGGGUGGAAUACGAUACUAGAAGCUGUUAGUAUUGGUGGAAUACCACUAAUAACAUGGCCAUUGUUUGCCGAACAGUUUUACAAUGAGAGGUUGGUUGUGGAUGUGCUUAAGAUUGGAGUUGCUGUAGGAGUGAGUUUAUGGUGCAAUGUAGAUGAAGCUGGAAAAGAGAUUAUAAGCAGAGAGAAAGUAGAGCUUGCUGUUAGAUUGUUAAUGGAUGAUGGCGAAAGCGCGGCGGAGAUGAAACGGAGGGCGAAGGAGCUCAGUGAGGGUGCUAGAAGAUCUGUUCAAAGUGGUGGUUCAUCUCAGAGUAACUUAGUAGCCUUCUUGGAUGAGUUGAGAACAAAAACUCGUUCAAAGGUUGUGUAAAAUGUAAUAAUUUGUUUACUUCUUUGACUUGCUUGUUCCAUUACUUUUCUUGUUUUGUUUGUCAUAAUUCAUAUAAGAUUAUGUCUUAUAA